UAUGUGGUCUGCUACUUAAUUUCAGAAAAUGUAAAUUGCAAGCAAACUUAAACAUUUCAAAGCGAUGGCAGAAAUGAAUAACAAACUGGACAAUGGUACUUUGUCAGAAAUAAAGUCGCUUCUUUGGGGAAAUGAUUUGAAGGAUGAAGUAUUUUCCAGAUGGACACAAGGUUUUGUGUUUGGCAGUGAUGAAAGGACGGCACUUGUACAGUAUGAAGGGGGUCCUUGUGCAGUUAUAGCUCCUGUCCAGGGAUUUGUUGUGAAGAAUGCACUAUUUGGUGAUAAACCCUGUAAGGAUCAUACACAAUUGUCAGAAAAUGAAAGUCUGGACUUGCUAGUACAAGCACUUUGUGAUAUUCUAGUCCUCAUCUCCACUAAUGGCUAUUCGGUUAUUAGCUUGGAGGAGGAGGAGGAGCCAGAAAACAACAAGAGUCAAUCAGAACUGAGCACUGAGUCAGCUGACUGCAACAAAAUUGAUAUGGACCAAUCAGAAGCAGGCCAGAGCUCUUGUAAAAGAUCCAAGCUUCAUGUAGAUCAAAAUGUCUUCCAUUCAAGAUUGAGGUGUACCAAGUGUGAAAGUGAAGCAUCUGUUCGGAAGUGUCUGCGGGAAAAUAUAUCUGCGUUCACAGGUCCUUCAGGCGUUCUACUAUAUCUCUACUCUAUAGUGCUAACUAAAGGUAUAGAACAGAUUCGCAAUGAAGUGGAAGAUCCUGGAGAACCACUUAUACACGGCCUUUUUGGACAUGGCACACAAAGUCUGAUAAACCUGCUCAUCACUGGUAAAGCUGUCACCAAUGUAUGGGAUAAUGAUAAGGACAUAUCUGGACUCAAACUACAAGGUGUAUCUCGAAGGUCUUGUAUAGGUUUCCUGUCUUAUAUGGAGCACCUUAGAUACUGUGAAGUAGGUUGGAAUCUGAAAAAUCCCAAAUACCCAAUCUGGUUGAUAGGAAGUGAGACCCAUCUGACUGUGCUCUUUUCCAAGGACACUAACCUGAUCAUCAAUGAAACAGCUCAGUCUGUAGCACGGAAAAUAUUCCAGAGGUUUGAUCCAGAAGGUAAUGGUUUCAUAGCAACAGUCUUGUUAGGAGAUCUUCUAGAAGCCCUGGAUCUGGUCUCAGAGAAGGAGUACGUGGAUAUUAUGGUAAGCAAACUGGAUGCAGAGAGUCUUGGGAUCAUAACACAGAACAGUUUCUUUGAAGAGUUUUACCCAGGGGAGACAACACCUUUGAUUCCGAAACGCUUCAAACUCUACCAUUACAAUGGCAUAGCCAGGUCAUGCUUGGGCAAUACGGUUCAGUACGCAGAGGGUGAGGCAGUCCUUCACGAUGAGAUAGAGGUCCAACUGGUCACUGAUACUUCGCCCAUAAAACUCUGCCUUCUUACUAAGUGGCCUACCAUUGAAUUGCAGUGGAAAAAUGAUCACAUACCCUCAAUGAACUAGGAUAUGGGGGAACUAGCUAGGAUCAUAUUAUAUAUUUAAUGAAUAAGGAUUUUCAUCUUUAACUUCAGAAAUACAAUUAUGUUGAAAAUGAAUUUUAGAAGAACUUAAUCUAGUGUAAAUAGUAGCACCUCCACCUGCUGACAAAGAAGCUAACUGUUGACUUAGAGUUGAUGAAUGAAACAUAUGAAUAUAUACCUUCAGCGAACUUACACAUAUGGUAGUACCUCUCAUUAAACAAUAGUGGCAUAUACAUGUAUAUUUCACAGAUCUAGGAACAAAUUGGCCUAUUGUUGAACUAAGGUAGAAACCUGAGCAUAAACCUUAUAAGGGGAUAUACAUGUACUCAUGUAUUCUAUAGAACUAGGAGAUUAUAAUAGGCAUUGUGUAUUUCCCUGAAGUAAGAACAUGUAUUUUUGUUGAAUACACCAAAGAUAAACAAAUUUAAAUGGCAAUUUAUUGAAUUGAAUUGUAAAUAUGAUCAUAAACCUUCAUUUUACUAGGACAUAAGACUGAGUUUUUCGUCUAUACUAGGAUAAAAAUACACAUGCAGAUUUCAUGACUACUUCACUAUUCCAAAUAUAUAAACUUUUUGAUUAUGAUAUAAAACUAUACCUUCUUCCAAAGUGGACUACUAUGGAAUUGAAGUGGACUAUGAAUGACUAUAAAUGAGUACAUUCUAGUAUUCAUUUGUGUGAAGAUAACAUAUCGCGGGCCUAUUUGUCAAUGAACUGCAUUGAAAACCAUACCUCUUGUAUUUUGGAACAAAAUAUAAAUGGUAAAAACUUCUAUCAAAAAUGACCACAUCCACGCUCACUGAACACGGAUAUAAACUAUAUAGUUUAUUGGACUUGGCGAUUUUGCCUUUCUUUGCGGUGUUCUUGUUCUAUUUUUGUUGUAAAAUCAAUUUUUUUGUAAUUAAUGCUCUUUUAGUGUUAUAUAAAUUUAAUGUUUCAUACAUUUUAAAAUUGUUGUUUUCUGAAUAAAACGAUGGCAGUACACGG